ACGGACUCGUUCAUCAUUCUCAUUCAAUGCUCGUACGGUUUACACACAGGAAACACGCAUAUUUUCGUCAUACAGUUCCCACAAGCCGAUAACAAAAAACGGACUUUGAAUCAUAUUUUUAUAAACAUUAUAUAGCCUGUUACUUAAUUUAUGUAUUAAAUUGCAUAAAUUUUAUAAUCUCACUGGUUGUUUUGCUUUAAUUAAUCAAUAAUACGCAAUAAUGCAUAUGAUGAGCACAAUACACACGCCGCAAAUGUUUGAGGUUAUGUUAUUGUUAAUUUUAGAAACAAGCAAAGUGAAGCUACAACCACACUGGUCAGUUGUGAAUUAAUUAGUUAUUCUGGGUUAUUGUGUUCGUAACCAUGGUAAUCGCCACUGCCAACAUCGGCGGGGCGGCGCUGCGCCAAGUUCGCAACCUAUUCUGGACGAAAUCGAAACCCAAUUUCGGCAGGUACGCGAUCGUUACGCCCGGCAAUGUUUCGCCCAAACUGCACGUCCCCGACCACAUCGAGAAACCGACGUAUUACUACGAUGGCAACCCGCAGGUUGGGCCUGAGAUACCGGAAAUCAAAAGUGACGCGCAGAUCGUCAAGAUGCGGGAUAGCUGUCGCCUAGCGGCGAAUAUCCUCAAAGCAGUCGGAGAUACAGUUAAAGUGGGUAUGACCACCGAUGAAAUUGACAGAUACGUCCACAAGCUGUCAAUUGAAAACAACGCGUAUCCCUCUACAUUCAACUACAAGAACUACCCGAAGUCGUCUUGCACUUCGGUUAACAACGUCGCAUGUCACGGAAUACCCGAUGAUCGACCAUUAGAAUCAGGCGAUAUAAUCAAUGUCGAUAUUACAGUAUGGUACAACGGGUAUCACGGCGACUGUUCGAAGACAUUCCUCAUCGGGGACGUCGACGAGCAAGGCCAGAAACUAGUCGCAGCAAGCGAGCAGUGCUUAAACGAAUCGAUUCUCCUCUGUAAACCAAAGACGCGCUUUAGUGCCAUCGGCACAUUCAUCGAGCAACGCGCCUACGAAUUCGGCUUCUUCAUCGUACCUUGUUUCCUCGGCCAUGGCAUAGGAAGUUACUUUCACGGAGCGCCCGACAUCUUUCACUUCACAAAUGAGUUUCCUGGUGUAAUGAUGCCCGGGAUGACAUUCACAAUCGAGCCGGUAUUGACUCAAGGGUGUCGCGAAGUUGAGAUCCAGGAGGAUAAUUGGACAGCACUCACCGCUGACGACGCCCGAACUGGACAAUUCGAGCACACCGUGCUUAUCACAAAAGACGGCUGUGAAAUUCUCACACUUGCAUCCUAGGAAUAUAUUCACAUUCAUAUUCUUGCUUCAAGUAAUGUCUGCAAAAGAUAAACAAAACGCUACAGAAAUCUCGGUACGUUUCGAGGAAAUGACACCGUUGCGUUAACAGAUCUACUUAAUGUAAUAAGAAUUACUUUAUAAAUGAUAACUAUUUACAGUGUACAAAGUGAAA